AUGGCUCCUUGGCCUGAGUUGGAAAAUGCCCAGCCUAACUCGGAUAAAUACAUCGAAGGGGCCGCCGGUCAGCAGUCCACCGCAAAAGGCAAGGAGACCGGCAAAAAUGACACCGACACUCCUGUCACCAAGAUUGAACUUCUGCCCUCUUAUUCUACCAUGGCACUGAUAGAGGAGCCCACAGUGGUGGAAGACCCCUGGAACCUGCCCGAGCUUCAGGACACGGGGAUCAAAUGGUCAGAGAGAGACACCAAAGGGAAGAUUCUCUGUGUCUUCCAAGGGAUUGGGAAAUUUAUUUUACUUCUGGUAUUUCUCUACUUCUUCGUGUGCUCCUUGGAUGUCCUCAGCAAUGCCUUCCAGCUGGUUGGAGGAAAGGUGGCCGGGCAGUUCUUCAGCAACAAUUCCAUCAUGUCCAACCCUGUGGCGGGGCUGGUGAUCGGGGUGCUAGUGACUGUCCUGGUGCAGAGUUCCAGUACCUCCUCGUCCAUUGUCGUCAGCAUGGUGGCCUCCUCAUUGCUGAAUGUGCAGGCUGCCAUCCCCAUUAUCAUGGGGGCCAACAUUGGGACCUCCAUCACCAACACCAUUGUGGCGCUCAUGCAGGCAGGAGACCGGAGUGAGUUCAGAAGGGCCUUUGCAGGGGCCACCGUCCAUGACUUCUUCAACUGGUUGUCUGUGUUGGUGCUUCUGCCUCUGGAGGCUGCCACCCGUUACCUGGAGCACCUGACCAACCUGGUAGUGGAAUCCUUCAACUUCAAGAAUGGAGAGGAUGCCCCGGAGCUUCUGAAAGUUAUCACAGAUCCCUUCACGAAGCUCAUUAUCCAGCUGGAUAAAAAAGUUAUCAACCAAAUUGCAAUGAAUGAUGAAACAGCCAAAAACAAGAGUAUGAUCAAGAUUUGGUGUAAAACUUUUACCAGCACGACUGAGAGGAAUGUCACCGUCCCCUCGCCUGACAACUGCACCUCUCCUUCCCUCUGUUGGACGGAUGGUUUGCACACCUGGACCAUCAAGAACAUGACCCACCAGGAGAACCUUGCCAAGUGCCAGCACAUCUUCGUGAAUUUCAACCUCCCAGAUGUUGUUGUGGGCACCAUUCUGCUGGUAGUCUCCCUGCUGGUCCUCUGUAGCUGCCUGGUCCUAAUUGUCAAGCUCUUGGGCUCUGUGCUCAGGGGGCAGGUAGCUGUUGUCAUCAAGAAGACCAUCAACACUGAUUUCCCUUUCCCCUUUGCCUGGGUGACUGGCUACCUGGCCAUCCUUGUGGGGGCGGGAAUGACCUUCAUCGUUCAGAGCAGCUCUGUGUUCACGUCUGCUAUGACCCCUCUGAUCGGUAUCGGUGUGAUAUCCAUUGAGAGGGCGUAUCCACUCACGCUGGGCGCCAACAUCGGUACCACCACCACCGCCAUCUUGGCCGCCUUAGCUAGCCCAGGCAGUACUUUGAAGAGCUCGCUCCAGAUCGCCCUGUGCCACUUUUUCUUCAACAUCUCAGGCAUCUUGCUGUGGUACCCAAUCCCGUUCACCCGCCUGCCCAUCCGCCUGGCCAAGUGGCUGGGCAGCAUCUCAGCUAAGUACCGCUGGUUUGCCGUCUUCUACCUGGUCACCUUCUUCCUCCUGAUCCCUCUGGCAGUGUUUGGCCUCUCGCUGGUCGGCUGGCCGGUGCUGGUGGGUGUGGGAGCGCCCAUCAUCUUUGUGGUCUUCCUGGUGGUGGUGGUCGGGCUCCUGCAGUCCCGCUGCCCGCGCGUCCUGCCCCACAAGCUCCAUAACUGGAAAUUCCUGCCGCUGUGGAUGCACUCGCUGAAGCCCUGGGACAAGCUCAUCACCACGUUCACCGGCUGCUGCCAGAGCCUCUGCUGCCGAAUCUGCUGUCUGACGUGUGGCUGCCCCAACAAGUGCUGCCACUGCAGCAAGUGCUGUGAAGACCUGCAGGAGGUGCAGGACGUCCCCAUUAAGUCCCCCGAGGCUUUUGCUAACAUGGCCAUGGACAAAGAGGCCCAGGACGGGGUCCCCAAGUCCGAGGUGGAUGCCUCGGGCACCAAAACCAUUUCCAGCAUCACAGCCUUGUAG